AUGGAUCGUGUCAUGAAAUCGGCCUUUUACAAGGGUUACAUCCAAAACGUCACCGCAGAGGCGACGAUGCAGAUGGUGGCUGCAAUCAUUCAGCGUCGGAAGGACGAAAUCGGCGACGAGAAUGUCUAUUCGAGACAUAGGCGGCCCCGGUCUCCGGUGUACAACGACGAAUGGGAUCUGAUGAGAGCUGAUCUGGAAGACGUUGAAGCUGAUAUAACCUCUCUGGGAAAGCAGAAAGAAGAGCUGAAGCAGGCAAUUCUGCGUAAAACGUCGCCAAAGCUUCCUUAUCCUCCUCCAGGUCCUGUCAAAGGUGCUUUGAGGCUGCAGGAGCCAUCUCGUUGGGGAGUGGAUCAUAUUAUUCGAGCCAUCCCACUCGCCGAGGCCAAUUUUGACAAGGAUGACGUUGACUUCAAAGCUGGUGGAGUUAUGAAGACGCCAGUAACGAUUCCAAGAACCACAGGUCUUUUGGAGUUGGAGGGAAGGCCUACACCUGCCGCUAUCCUGGCAAACAAUGCAGUACCAACCACAACCUUCAUCACUGGUCAGUGUUCCACAGUCAUCGACUCCAAGGGUGAAGUCCCGGAGGGGAGGCCAAUGUCGGGUCGCGUGGUGAACUGGCGAUUCCGGAAAAAAUAUCGAAGCCCGGAUUGA